AAUUUCUCCCCCCUCUCUCUCUUCUAAGUGGAAACCUUCGCAGAGAUUUAGAAGCCUAUAUUCAGAAGCAGAAAAAUCUGAAAUCAGACAUGGCCACGAAUAUCGGGAUGAUGGAUUCGGCAUAUUUCGUCGGCAGAUCGGAGAUCCUUUCGUGGAUCAACUCCAUUCUUCAUCUCAAUCUCUCCAAAGUCGAAGAGGCCUGUACCGGUGCGGUUCAUUGUCAGUUGAUGGACUCGGUUCAUCCAGGGAUCGUGCCUAUGCACAAGGUCAAUUUCGACGCCAAAAAUGAAUACGAAAUGAUCCAGAAUUACAAGGUUCUUCAAGAUGUCUUCAACAAACUCAAGAUCACGAAGCACAUUGAAGUAAACAAGCUGAUAAAAGGAAGGCCGCUGGAUAACUUGGAGUUCAUGCAGUGGAUGAAGCGGUACUGCGAUUCUGUUAAUGGAGGCGCUCUCAAUUACAAUCCACUGGAAAGAAGGGAGGCAAGCAAGGGAGGAAAAGAAGCAAGCAAGAAAUGUCCACCAUCGCAACCUUCAGCCAAGAGUUCAGCAGCUGCCCCCAAAGCACAGCCUUCCCACAAUGCUCGAAGGAAUGAUGUGUCCUCUGUGAACUCUACAAAUCAGUCUGUGAAGGCUUCAAAACCACCUCCUAGUUUAUCGUCUGCGUAUGAUGAACAGAUCACAGAAUUGAAGUUGUCAGUGGAUAGUCUUGAGAAAGAGAGGGACUUCUACUUUGCAAAACUGAGAGAUAUCGAGAUUUUGUGCCAGUGUCCUGAGAUUGAAAACUCAACUGUUGUCGCAGCAAUAAAAAAGAUCCUGUACGCUACAGAUGAUAAUCCAUCCGUUGUUGCAGAAGCUCAAGCCAUGAUAUCCCAUGAGCAGAAAGAAGCAUUAAGUCCAAUUGUUGAGGUUUCGUCAGAGGAAAAGAUGAAUACUGAUUCUCAGAAGCGAAAAUACAUUGUGAACUUGGAUGUUGAUGCCAUCACAGCAUUGUCGCCUAGGCAAAGGCUUUCUGAAGCUACCGAUGUCCAUUGCAGUGGGUCACCUCUUAUGACUUACUGAUUUAAAGUCCAAUCUAAAGAUGUAUUUCUAAUUACAUCUGCAUUACAAAAUAGUUUUCGUCAGAUAUCAUGCUCCAAUACAUUCGCCUUCUCAUGUUGCGUAAGUGAUGGAUCCAAUACUUGGCCCAUGCAUGGUUUUGCAAAUCUCUUUAUGGCCUAUUGUCUACUUAGAAGAAAUAACAUUAAUUUUCUCCCCAUUUUGCUGGACAACAUUCUUGAUAUUAUCCUUGUAUAAUGAAACCUUGAAUGAAAUUUUUCUAGAGCGAUUCAACAGGCUGC